GGAGAGUAGAAAAGAAUUCUAAGGUACUUUUCAGCGGAUGCUGCGUGCCAAAACCGCGCGAUAUAGUCUACUUUAUUACAGAUGUUUGACAGGGCCAAUAUGAGUCGAGUAAAAGGAAAGGAGAAAUAGCGCGUUAUGUUUUGUCCGGAAACACGCCAUUGCGCAUGAAUCUAUUGGCAAAAUCUCUCCUAUUCCCGCUUAUUGAAGUGUACCAUAUAAUAGCCGAGUGUAUGAUAAGACCAUGCUGCUAUCCGAGACUGUUUUCCCCUACUGUUUCCAAACCUCAUCUUCACACACGUGUGUAACAUAAACUUGAGGUAGGGACAGGAGGGGACCAACAUCAUAAGCGUUCAUCUGCAACAAGAUUGGAGUCUGUUCCCGUGAAUUUCGACUCAGGGUGUGUGCUCUUGGCAUUAUGCUUGAUCAAGUUUGCAGCGUGAACAAAAAAGGCAGGGAUAUAGGACUAUCCGAAUCACCGGGGUUGGUACCAACGAAUCGGUGAGUACCUACUAUGGAUAAUAUUUCUCCCGAUGAUGGCGGAGACAGAAUGAUCGUGAAUAAUAAGCUGCGUUCUCCCAACCAGAUGAGUGAACCAAACACAAUGGACUCUUUUCAAGAUGGAGGCCAGCAAAACAUGAACAACUCCGAACAGAGUGAAUAUCCUCCGAUGGAGGGGGCUCACAUGAACACCGAUAUGAAUAAUUUCCCACCAACAUCAGGAGAACAUGGAAUGGGCCCUGAGAACUAUAGCAGAAUGAAUGAUAAUAUGCACCAUGGUCAGAUGCAAAACUACCCUUAUAACAGAGGGGGCUAUGGCCUGGGUUCGGAACAACAUGGCGGUAUGCCGGCAUUGGCAGGAAGUACUGAAUUUGGGACUCAGGGUUCACAAUUUCAUGGACAGUAUUCACAAUCACAGGUGAGACCAGGGUAUCCAGGAAUGGAUAAACCUGGUAUGAGUCCAUCCAGACCGGGUAUGGCACCCCCUGGAAUGGCAAUGAUGUCGCCCCCUGGAUACAACCCUAGUGCUCAAAGAAUGAUGUCUGGACAAAGUAUAUCUCAGCAAGGUGGUCCCACACCUACACUAAAUCAGUUGCUACAGACUCCUAACUCUACCCAAAGAUACCCUAAUAAUUACAGUGAAUAUCCAGGGGGGUCGGGCAAGGGAAAUGACUUGGGAUCUGGGAACAUGCCAUACAAUAUGCAAGGUCCUUGGAACGCAAGAGCUUCAUAUCCCCCUGGGCCUAUGGGAGGGACAUCUCCUUACAGAAAUCAAACUGGUUCAAUACCAGGGGAGAUGAACCAGCCACGCCGUCCGACAUCCAUGUCCCCAUCCAACUACCAGAAUGCUCCUGGGCAGUACGUGGGCGGGCCCCACCAGUUCUCCCCAGGCUCACAGAGGUAUGGCAGGAGCCCAGGGGCACAGAUGGCUGGUGGCAUGGGCAGCACCCCUUAUAAUCCACAGAUGCAUCCACACUUUAGCCAACAACAGCAGCAGCAGCAGCAACAACAACAUCCAGCUAGCAACGCAAACAGCCCAGUGCCCGGAUACAGUCAGAGCAUGCCCUCUUCUCAACAGCAAACUUUCCUAUCUCAACAGCUUCAGCCGUCAUCACAGCCCCAGCCCCCAGGGCCGUCCCCUCCCUGUCCGCCGGCCAGUCAGUCCUCGCCCCUACACACCCCCACUACCCCUAUUCAGGCUCUCCAACAUCAAACAUCACAGAUGAAGGGGUCCCCAGUCCACAACAACUCCGAACAAUCACAACAGGGUAUAACAGAAAACAACAGAACGAGUCAAAAUAAGAGGUCAGAAAGCGAAGAGGAGUCAAAAGGGGAACAAGGAGGAGGUGACGAUACUGAUUCGCGGACAACGCCAACAUCUACUGGGGUGCCACACCCGGCAGUCUCCUCCCUCCGCCCGGUGCCAUCACCCUCGGGGUCAGCAGGGUCAAGGUCAAACACGCCAGCCUCUCUUCCAGGAAAUCAAGCUGGCAGUCCUAUGCCUCCACGACCGCCGUCCAGUCAGUUGGAAGGUCAAGGUCGCAUGAGUCAGUCACCAAUGGCAACGCAAGGCUACAACCAACAAAUGAUGCCGCCACCUAUCGGGCCUAACCAAAUGGGGUUUGUGCCUGGGGGGAACAAGAUGGGAGGGGCACCAGGACAAAUGGGGCCCGGGCAACUCGGUCACUAUGGUCAGUACAACAACCAGUAUCCUCCCGGUCCCGGCCCAGGCCCAGGUUCAGGGAACUACGGACGUCAGCAUAACGUUCCGGGCAUGCAGAAUGCCUCUGGAAUGUCCAACUAUCCCUCUCAGAAUAUGUAUAACGGGCCAAAUCCAAUGGGACAGGGAGGUCCAAUGUACAACAACAUGCCCUUAAACAGAGGAAUGGGCAAUUCCAGCUACAAUAAUGCAUAUAGUGGACAAGGCAAUGUUAGCAUGGGACAGAUUGGGGGAAUGAACAAUCAGUAUAGUGGAUUUAACAACCACAUGGGUCCAGGCCCAGGUCCGGGUCCGGGUCCUGGCCCAGGUUCGGGUCCAGGGCCGGGUCAGCAAGGGCCUGGUAUGAAUCCCAACAUGCCGAGUCAUUCCUCCAUAAACUCUGUGGGUCCACCUGGUCAGACGGUACAACCAGGCAUGGGAAUGCACACCUCUCCCCCUGCAGGGCCACCCAUGCCGGGCCCAGGGGGCGUGAAAGGGGCUCAGGCCGCUGCCCAGGCUGCCAUGAUUGCUGCUGCCAACAGCGCUGUUGGGAGGGGAGCACAGAUGAGAUCGGUACCGGCUGUGCCAAUGGGGAUAGCAGGACAACCACGUAUGUUUGGCCCACAGUCGGCCAAUCAGAUGCCACCCAAUCAGAUGGCUCACAUGAACCACAUGGGUCCCAUGAACCCAAAUAUGAACAGUAUGGGAAGCAUGAACCCAAACAUGAACAAUAUGUCAAAUUCUAUGAAUCAAAUGCCUAACAGUAUGUCCCAUAGUCCAGUGACCAACAGUAUGGGGCCAGGUUCAUUGGGACCAUCCGGUCCUGUUCCUUCACAUAAAGGUGGCAAGUCCAACAGUACUGCCUUGCCUCCUCAACUGUGUCUGGGCAAUCCAACAGUCUGCCUACAAGUGCAGCAGAGAAUUCCACAACUGCUGCCUUUACGACAUCCACAAGUUCGGUAUCCCCAAUGCCCAACUCACAACCUUCACCACCAACAGUUCAGCCCAAAUCCCCUGCAGCUGUUAGUCAAAUGGAAACAAAGGUUGCAAACUCGGAACCAGCCGAUAGCAAGACUUCAAUGUCGGAAACCAUCAGCAGUAAACAGUGGUUCAAACUCCUCAGAUUCCAUGCCAGCCUCUUCGACAGACACAAAACCUGCUGAUCCACCCGCAGAGUUACCCGAGCCUCCUCCAACCACAACUGCUGCUACGCCCCCGACGUUAGUAGCCACCACCACCCAAUCAAACUCGGACACUGUGAGCAGCUGUGGUGGUGACAGCACCUCCCCCAACCUGACCCAGGCUCCAGCACCUCCGACCACAGAGUCUAGUCGAGGAGAGGUGAAAAUGGAAGGAGCUAUGACCACACCCUCUUCAUCCUCUUCCCCUGAACACCAGAAUAUCACUACUACAGCUAUCACAACUAUGGUCAGCACCACUACUGUAGUGACCCAGAGCAUCACUUGUCCUGUGACCUGCAUCGCAGAGACGACCAUGUGCAACUCACAAAUGGGAAUUGACAGCAUCCCGAGCAUGCCAGUGAUGAACUGCAUCCCUAUGCCAACGUUUCCGGAAGAGCCUCCGGAGAAGAAGAAAAAGGACAAUGUGGUGGUUGGAGCGCCCUCUCCUGGCGCACCCAAUCUUUCCUCUGCUCAGGACGACAUGAGCAGUAGCCCCAGUUUGCCCGGAACGCCCAAAUCUGGUGGUCCUGCUGAUUUGGGAAAACUGUACGAGAUGGGCAUGGAGCCUGAACGACGACCAUUCCUGGAUAAAAUGUUGAUGUUUUUAGAGGAUAAAGGAACUCCUGUAACGUCAAUGCCUUCCAUCAGUAAACAGCCUCUUGAUCUCUAUAAACUAUAUCUAUGUGUGAAGGAGAAAGGAGGAAUGGUCGAGGUUAAUAAGACGAAAAAAUGGAAAGAAAUUUGUGGUUUUGUGAACAUUGGAUCAUCAGCUAGUGCUGCUUUCACAUUAAAAAAGAACUAUAUUAAGUACCUGUUUGCUUAUGAGUGCCAGUUUGAUAAAGGAGGCAUUGAUCCUCAGCCUAUCCUUAACCAAAUGGAACAAGCUUUAGCUCAGAAACGAGAACAGAAACAGAAGCGAGCUCCUUCACCAGCUGGAUCUCAAGGUUCAUCAUCCCAGGAUGCAUUCCGCCCGCCCAGUACCCCAAACAGCCAGGGGAUGGACCCCUUCUCCCCAAGCAUGCCUCCCCCAUACAUGCAGAACUCUGACGGGGGAAUGGGGCACAUGGGAGGAGGUGCGGGCAUGAUGCCACCCAACAACAUGAUGAACCCAAACACAAUGAUGCCUCCGCAGUCCAACAUGCCCCACCCUUCUGCUAUGGGUGGUGGUCAUAGCAACAUGCCUAACAGUAUGAUAGGGGGCCCAGGUGGAAUGGUGCCAAACAGCAUGAUGCAGGGCAAUAUGGGUCAGAGUAAUAUGAUGGGGAAUAAUAUGCCACCCAACAGUAUGAUGGGGGGCAGCGUGCCUUCGAGUGGAAUGAUGGGGGCGUCAAUGCCCAAUAAUGCUAUGAUGCCAGGGAAUAUGCCAAACAACAGUAUGCUAGGGGGCAGUAGUUUUAACCCCCAACAGAACAAUAUGCUAGGAGGCAACGUGCCUCCAAACAGUGUGAUGGGAAAUUCCAUGAUGCCCACCUCCAGUGCAAUGGCCCCAAGUGCUGGCACAACCAUGCCUUCAACAUCAGACAGUAUAAGUGUUCAGGAUCCGUUUGCUGAUGAGCCCACGUCUACUAAUUCCCAAUUUUCUCCUCGACAAAGUGUCAGUUCUCAGAUGCCGCCAUAUUCAAGUAUGCAGCAGCAACAACAAUCCGCGCCCCCGCCACAACAGCAACCCCCUCAACAGCAGCAGUCCCAGCAGCAGCCAACACCUUCUCAACAACAGCAACAGCAGCCGCCAAACCAGCAACAUAACAGCAACUUUAACUACAAUGCUCGAUCAGGAGUGCCCCCAAAUAUGCCCCAAUAUUCCAGUAACAUGAACCAGUCCAAUAUGAACAGUUAUGGGGAUGGUGUUCCCAGUCGUAUCCCCUCUCAAGGAGAGCAAUUCAACGAGUCAUCAACGUACCCACGACCAGGAAUGGAAUCCUACCCACCUGGAACUGCACGGCCUGGUGAAUCCUAUGUUCCUGGUCAAAGUCAGUACAUUGCCAGGCCUCCAAGCGCACCAAAUCGAUUUCCCUUUGGACAGCAGUUUGAACGACCAGAAAGGUAUGAACAGCAACCUGGCCCCACCCACCCCAGCCAACAGUAUCGCCCUACAUCCCAAGCAGGGAUGAUGGCCCCAAACCAGCCUGGCCCCGAGCAGAUGUUGGGAGCCCGUUACCCGGGGCAACAGAUACCAGGGAUGAGGCCGCCUCAUGGGGGCCCACAGGAUCAGUACCCUGCACAGUCGUACCCAGCACAGGGCCCUGGAUACACAGGACCCCGGCCCAUGAUGAGUCAGGAAGGAUACCCCGGGUACAACGGUCAACAGGGCUCCUUUCCUGGGCCCCGCCCGCCUAUGGCCAGGGACAUGACGGGCGGGAUAUACCGCACCCCUAACAAACACUACGCAGAGAUGCCACCAGCGUUUGGCCAUUCAUCGCCAUAUACCGAGCGAGGUAUGCCUGUCCCCAGUCAUGGGGGAUACCCUCACGAGGGUAUGAUUUCACAUCAUGAAGGUCACAUGACUGAUCCUCGACGAGGUGACGUUGGACAGUGGUCUCCAAUGGCUUCAAGGUACCCCUCCCAACAAGGCCCAAACUACAUGCCUCACGCUAUGGGAGGCAUGCCUCCGGUCGCACCAGGCACACCACCAAUGGGGCCAUACAGCAGGGCUGGACCCCGAGGAUCUCCACACGCCAGAGAAAACAAACCAUACAUGACCAAGGCACAGCGGCCUUCUCCGCGUAAUCCAACACACGAGGUAGCUCGUGCCCGAGGGUCAGCUCGCUUGUCGGUCAGCACCAAGCAGAAGCCGGGUACUCUGUUUCCAAAUGCUCAGUUCCCUCCUAAGAAGGAGAUAGUGUUCCCCCCAGACAGCGUUGAGGCCACACUACCGCUUCUCAAUAAGAGGCGACGUCUGUCCAGCAAAGAUAUAGGAUCCUUGGAAGCCUGGAGAUUAAUGAUGGCUCUGAAAUCAGGUUUGCUGGCGGAGAGCACAUGGGCUCUGGACACUCUCAACGUUCUGUUAUUUGAUGACAGCACUGUAGCUUAUUUUAACCUUGUACAUCUGCCUGGCUUACUUGAAGUGUUAAUAGAACAUUUCCGCAAGUGUUUGAUGGAGAUAUUUGGCAUAUUUGAAGAUUCCGAUCUUGGGUAUGAUCACAAGCUGGAAAAGUGUGCAGAAGUUGAGUCAGACUGUGAGGAUGAUGGUCCUGAUCCCGAUAACCUUAAAAAUAUUCAUGUUACGUGGAAUGGCAAGACUGUCAAGGUUGAGGAGGACUCCCCUGAAAGUUGGGUGGCUGAUAGAAAGAAAUGGGACGUGUAUAGUGGUUAUAGUGGCAGGCGGAAUCAUUGGCAGCUAGGGGGCGGGGACCUCACUCAUCACAUUGUUACACAUAUGGAAAGUGGCAAGACACAUGAAAUGUUUACCAGGUUAUUUUCCAACAGGAAAAGGACUAGAGAAGAACGUGAUAGCAUAGUUAAUGGCCCUGUGAGUGACCACGGUGAGAACGUUGAGAGUGAGGAGGUGGCAGAAAAGUUAGACAAGCCAUGUUUGGAUACGUCAGAGGAGUGUGUGUCGCACGAGGAAACAAUCUCAAUUAAAGUUGAUCAUUCUGCUGUGUGUGACAAGACGAAAAUUAGAAACAAUUUCAUCAAAUCUGUGCACAUGAAGACUGAGCCUCGUGACUCAGGUCUUGACAGUGUAGACUCAAACGAUUCAUCAUCAAAUGAGGCAGCGGUGAAGGAAAAAGCUGCUGCAGAAAAGUGUGCUGAGGAGUGCAAGGAUUCAGAGAAGUGUGUGAAUCAUAUAGACAAGUGUGAAAAUUCAUCUGAUUCAGAUCAGGAAGCUCCAUGCCUCACAAAGGAGGAACCAUUUGAUCUGAACUCAAAGCCUGAAGUGGAAAAGAACACAGUAAAGGAAGAAAACGGGAAAGAAGAAAUAACAAAAAUGGAGACUGAUGACGUUUCGAAAGAAGCUCCUGAAACAAAGGUUGAAUCUGACGUAACACAAGACGAGGAUACCCAAACAGAACCUUCAUCAGAGACCAAGCCAGUGGAUUCCAAGACAGGAGUUCUGAAUUCCAGCAUCUCGAGUCGAGAUGAUUUGGCAGAGAUCAGUCUGUCUGAGCAGUCUCUGUUGAAUUUGUCCCACCAGGAGAGUGAGCUGGAGGAGGAGGCGUACCACCGGGACGAACCACCACUGUGCCUGUCCACAGAAGCCCAGGAGGAGCUGGGACGGCGCUGUGUCUGCAUCUCCAACAUCUUGCGCAGCCUCUCCUGCAUUCCGGGCAAUGACGUGGAGAUGUCGAAACAUGCCGCACUGAUGAAGGUGAUGGGGAGGUUGCUGCUGCUUCAUCACAAACACCUACCUCGCUCAAAGUGUCAUCGGAAACUGGUAGAGAAGGAUGUGGACACAGACAUCACCGAGCCAGACUUGAUGGGAGACAUAUGUGAAGGCAAUGGGGAAUGGUUCUGGAGCUACUUAGAUGCUCUGCGUGAGAAUACAUUAGUGAUAUUUGCCAACAUCUGUGGACAUCUAAACUUAUCGGCCUACUCUGAGAAAAUCUGCUUCCCUAUUCUGGACGGACUUUUGCACUGGGCAGUGUGUCCGUCAUCGUGUGCUAGAGACCCCCUGCCUAGCAUGUCCCCCCAGUCCGUCCUCUCACCUCAGCGACUCGUGCUCGAAGCUUUGUGCAAAUUGUGCAUACAUGACUAUAAUGUAGAUUUACUGUUGGCAACUCCUCCUUUUGAACGGAUUGUGGACCUGUUUUCAAAUUUGUGCAAAUUGGUUUCAAAUAGGAAGGACCAAGUUCCACGGGAAUUUGCUCUAGUUCUCUUAUCAGAGUUAGUUCAAGGUGACAGUAACGCUGCUCGGGCCAUUGCUCUACAACACCCCUGUAUAUCAUUACUUGUAGACUUUCUGGAAACAGCUGAACAGAAUGCAUUGCAGGUGGCAAAUACCCAGGGCAUAGGAGCUCUUCAGAACAACCCGGAGGUUAUGGGUACUAGUCUUGACAUGUUACGGAGGGCUGCCACCAUCCUCUUGUGCUUAGCUAGAAUUGAGGAAAAUCGCAAGCUGUUUGUUCAUCAUCAAAGUAGGUUGUUAGCCUUAGUCAUGUCGCAGAUUCUGGAUCAGAGUGUUGCUCAGAUUCUGUCAGACGUUCUGUUUGAAUGUUCCCUGUUUUCAUAGUGAACAGAAGAUUGCAUCACGUGAAAGUGGAUCCACACAGACAAUUUCAUGUUACUCUUAACUUUUCUAAAGUUUUUAAGAAACUUUAAUUGGAAUUCUAGAAUGGAUAUAUAUCAAAUAAUUUUUACAAGAAAAUUGAAAUUUGAAAAUAACUGAAUCUGAUUCUACUGCCAUUGGUAGGUAUGUUAACGUUGCACAGCUUCCUAUGCCUGCCAAGGCUUCUGUUGUAAUGCUUGUGCUGUUUAAGCAUGGGAAAAACCCUAUAAACAGACAAUUGCCAUAUCAUAAGCAACACUGACAUUUCCCAAACUUACAUUGAUAUCUGUUUUUCACUGCUCAUAGAAUUGGGUUUCUCAUGUACCCUAUGUUCAAGAUGUAUAAAAUAUUCACUUACAUUUGUUUAUAGAACAUCCGUUUUCAUAUCAUGUUUUCAUGCUGUUUCAUUGGAUGCCUUUGAAGGGAAGCCAUGUUUUGAUUGGCUCAUUUAUCAUGUUGCUACGGAAACAGAACUGGAGCCAUUUUCUCCUGAAAUCAUUUGACUUCAUAUUGGUGUCGCGUUCGGACGAAUGGACUAUUAUGUUGUGUUAUACCCAGUGAGGAAGCCAUAUACUCUCUGUAUCUCUUCCUGCGUUUUGUACAGUAUGUGUAGAUACAAUUUCAUGUCACAAUUCUUAUUCAAAUAAAAUUGGUUUUGUGAUUGCACCUGGCACCUGUGGCUUGUCCUCAUCCCCUGACCAAGAGCUGUUGGGCGUCGACCAUCAUCACACCUUCACCACUUCGCCAACGCUCAUUGGUGCCCAAUUGCUGUCAGGUGCUGACAACGUCCUCACGUCACCAUGGUUACCUUCAUCGGUGCAUCCCAACAUCAGUCAGUGGUCAUCGUGCAAAGGCUUAAUAAUCCAUGUCAGAAUUGAGAAAUAAAUGUAUAUAGAUAACAAAGAUAA